AUGAGCAACGACACGCGCCAAGCCUCUGGAGGCACCAGCAAAGCUAAACGACGAUUAAUCGAUGCGGACGAGGAUAGCAGGCAGAAUGCGACCGCCGACGACUUUGCCUCCAACCCCAAACGACAGCGUGUCUCCCGAGCCUGCGACAGUUGUCGAUCGAAGAAGGACAAAUGCGACGGCGUCCAACCUGUGUGCUCAACCUGCGCGUCGCUAUGCAGACCCUGCACGUACAAGGCCAAUCCCAAAAAGAGGGGACUACCGACCGGAUACAUUCGCACUCUCGAACUACUAUGGGGCCUCGUCUUUUGCAAAAUACAAGGCAGCGAGGAGGUGGUGCGCGCCCUAUUGAGGGCCGCGAAUAUACCUAGCCAUUUGGCGACAAUGGGCAAGGAAGCGGAAGGAUCCGAUACGCUGUUAUCGUCGUGGAAGAACAGUAUCGUGUUGAAGGAAAUCGAGAGAUUGCUGGUGUCUCUGGAACAACCCGAGGAUGAGCAAGAUAAAGGAAGCCGACCGCCAGGGGACAAUGAUUCUCCUGCGGAUGCCGAGGGAAGCAGCGUGCUGUCGGCGGAUGCUCUUGAGUGGCAGAUCCCCGAAGGACUCGCAACAGAGAGAGAAUAUUCCGGCCUGUCCCCAAUCAAAACACCGUCGGCUGUUUCAGCCAUGAGAACCCAUGUCACUCGCAUUACUAGGGAUUCAACGACCCAAACCUCUUCCCCCAGUGUUGAAGAAAUCCCCAAUAUCUCCCUCGGGCGUGCACUGCCCCAUUCCCUCGACUACCGUUCCGGUAGAGAAUCUUUAUCAACCCCUACUCCCCAACUCCCCUCCAACGCGUGGCCGCUACUUGAUAUUUACUUUUCCUAUACGCAAUGUUGGUUCCCCAUACUUGAGAAACACGACAUACUUCGAACGGCUUUCCGUCAUUCCGAAAAUGACACACCCGUAUCCCCAUCUACUGCUGGGUCUGGAGAUCACGCGGCACUAUGGGCGGUUCUUACCCUCGCAUCCAUUCAGGAAGCGUCGAUUUCUGCCACGCGCCAACUUCCACAGGCCACCAGCGACCGUCCCGAUCCCAACCUGUUCUAUGCUACCGCCAAGAGCUUUAUCCCGGGAGAAAAUGGAGUACAUGAAAUUGGACACGCUCAGGCGCUACUCAUUUUGUCUCUUGCCAAGCUUGGCCAGCAGGACUGGACGGCGGCAUGGAUUCUUGUGGGACAGGCUGUACGCAUCUCUCAAUGUUUGGGCUUGGAUCGUUUGCCGAUUUCUGGGAAGGAUGUUGGGGAUAGUAGAGCCGCCGCACGAUCCAAGCACGUGUUUCUGGGUUGCUUCGUGUUGGAGACUCUAGUUGCCACGCAGACUGGACAAGUGCCGUCGCUGCGCAAGAGCGAUUUGACAAAGGUCGGUCCAAUAAAUGAAGAUGGGCUGGAGGAAUGGCAUCCGUGGGAGGAUCAGACUGGUUUGCGUCCGGUCGAAACGUCUCGUGGCUCCUUCCAUCGGGGUCCCCUCCAUGCGUUAAGUACAUUCAACCGACUUAUAUCGUUAAUGUGCAUCCUGAACGACACGUGUUGCUUGCAACAGUCUCCAGCCAGUCCUAUUUCGCAUCUGGAAGCGUCAGAGCGCCAACUGCAGCUUUGGGUCUCGGCUCUACCCAAAAGCUACCGGGUUGAUCUGCAGAGGAACUCCGAGCGGCCGGCAUCGCCACAUAUUUUCGGACUGGAGAUGAUGUAUGAGGGUGUUGUCUCGCAUCUCAGUAUUCAACUCGCACUGCAUGGAGGCGAUGGCAAUAUCCAAACGUCGUACCGAAAGCACGCAACCGAUAGUUCGCAGAGAAUACUCAUGCUACUACAGGCAUACAUGGAAAGCUACAGUCUUUCGGCAACAUGUCCCACCUUUGGAAUGCUAUUGACAUCUGGCGUUCUUCGGACGAGCGACAAAGGACAUCUACCGGUCGCUUUUGAUCUCGAGCCUGGACUCAAGCACAAACUGCGUUCGUUUGCGUCUCACCUCGCGACUGUGUGGGCCGCGGAUAGCAGACCAGAGUUGAACUAUCGACCCAUUGAAAAAUCCCCAAUUGCCAGCGUACCAAUAAUGGCGCCCACGUCGCACCCUCAGGGCGCUUUGCCCGUUAUAGAUCCUGCGGCACAGACUACUCCCCCUCAACCGUUGCCCGCCACCGCAAGUACCGCUCGUCGGGCAAGCCUCAUCGAUGACACGCGUGUCACUAUACCGGGAUCAGAACAAUUCCUUCCAAAUCAAUGGAUGAGGACACCGUCCAAUGUAGACGAUAGUGCUGCUCUGUCCUUGCCGACGCCAGCCCCUUCUUUGAGCAUAAACCGAGCGGCCGAACCGUCCCACCCCGCGCCCCCUACUGAAGCACAUAGACACCGUGCCUCCAUCUCCUCUUCCACAAGACCAACACUCAACGGGACAAGUAUGAUGUCCGAAUUAACCUCCCCUUUUCCUCCCGCCGCGCCUCAGUACCCUCAGACAUACAGCGAACCCAAUCUUAACAUGGGUUCAUUCGUUGACGUUGACGGAUAUGGAUCUCUACGUCGACCGCGAAUUGCUCCUGAUCUUGAUGCCUUGUUCGAUGAGCUGGCAUCGUUGGAUGGCACUGAAAAGACCGACAAUCUCCCCGAGUUCAUGCAGAAUCUAGGAUUCGUGCCCGACGCCGGAGUGCCGGGGCUUUACUCAUAUUCCAACCAAGUGGAACCAUUUAUGCUGGCUCAAAACCAGCAACCAAUACCAGGCUCUGAGCCUACAGGGCACUUACGACGAGAAUCGCAGUCCAUAAACGAGGCGCAAUCGAAUCCGAAGAGAUGA